AUGUGGCGUGGUAUAUGGCAGCCUAUCGAAUGGUCAUCGACUGGCGUUAAACUGUUAUAUAAUGUAUUUACUUUUAUUGUACUAGUUUUGGAAUAUUCUUUAACAUUAACCCAAUUCAUGGACAUCGUUUUUGUUGUCAAUAAUAUCGAUGAUUUCGUCGCCGAUUCUUUAAUGUUCGUGACUAUGGUCGCUGUUUGUUGUAAAGCGACUAUCGUCAUAAUACGUCGAAGUGCAAUUAUCGAUUUAAUACAAGCGUUGUUGAAAGAACCGUGUAAACCGCGAGAGAAGGAUGAAGUAAUGAUACAAACGAAAUUUGACAAGUUUAUCAGUUUACAAACGUGCGCCCAGUUUGAAAUUUUCGAAAGUCGUCUUCGCAAAUUAAUAGCUAACAAAACAAUUAAAUGUCUGGAAUACUCGUCUGUUCCGCCAGAUAACGGAAGACUAAUAAUAUCGGAAUACAUACAUCAUCAUCUCAGCAUUUACAAAUAUGCCAAAACGGUAAAUAUUAUAUUCAAUCAGGUGCUAUUUGUUCAAUUCUUCAGCAGUAUAUUGGUAUUAUGUACAACUGUAUAUUAUAUGUCAGCACAUAUUAUGGAAUUCAAAGGUGCUACUUUCAUGGUGUACACUUUCUGUAUGUUUAUACAAAUUUACAUUUAUUGCUGGUCUGGAAACGAAGUCAUACUUAAGAGUCAAAAUGUAGGAGAUGCGAUAUAUCAUAUGGACUGGCCUCUGUUAUCAGUCGGCGAAAAGAAAGAUCUGCUGAUAAUUAUGAUACGCGGUACUAUCCCUAUAAAGUUUACUAGCAGUUUCUUGAUAACUUUAUCUCUCCAAUCUUAUAGCAACGUUAGUGUCUCUAUUAUAUUUAUAUUUGAAAUA